CUUGAUCUUUCAUAGAAAGAAUGACAAUGACUGAGGUAUCUCAAGUGUAUGUUGGUUAUCUAGUUGAAAGUAGGAAGGAUUGGAGUUUAAACAUUGAACAGGGGGUUCUAGUUAUUCAACAAAAUAGAAUUGUUUUCAGAGCAAAGGUUUCUGAACUUGAAUAUGUACUGGAAAAGUACAAUGUAGCCAGGAAUGAUGUAACUGUACUGAGCUCCUCCCAGUUUCUAAUGCCUGGUCUAAUAGAUACUCACAUCCAUGCUUCACAGUUCCCUAAUGCAGGUUUAGCUCUGGAGCUCCCCCUGUUAGACUGGUUGGAGAAGUAUACCUUUCCGACAGAAGCAAAGUUUUCCAGGCCUGAGUUUUCAGUUGAGGUGUACAAUAGAUGUGUACGUGCUACCCUUGACAGCGGAACUACUACAGCUGCAUACUUUGCUACAAUACAUAGAGAAUCUAGCGAAAUUUUAGCCAAGGUGUGUCUACAACUUGGACAAAGAGCAUUUGUUGGAAAGGUUUGCAUGGACAGAAAUAGUCCGGACUACUAUGUUGAGAAAACUGAAGAAUCUCUCGCAGAAACUCAAGCUUUUGUUAACAAGAUAUCUGAGUUGGGAGGUUCUCUGGUAAAUCCUAUUAUUACGCCUAGGUUUGUUCCAUCCUGUUCCAGACUUCUAAUGUCAGAGUUGGGGCGUAUAGCUAAGGAAAAGAACCUGCAUAUCCAGACCCAUCUAUCCGAGAAUAAAAAAGAAGUUGAAUGGGUUCGUGAAUUAGAAUCUGAUUGUCAAACAUAUGCACAGGUUUAUGAGAAAUGUGGACUUCUAACUCGUAAAACAAUUCUAGCUCACGCUGUUCAUCUUUCAGAUCAGGAACUAGAAACUAUCAGGGAGUAUAACUCUGGAGUAUCUCAUUGUCCUAACUCUAACUUCAGUCUCAAGUCUGGAGUUUGUGAUGUACGAAGGAUGAAGAAUAAAGGAGUUAAGGUUGGAUUGGGAACUGAUUGUUCUGGAGGGUACAGCUCCUCUAUAAUAAACAGUAUGCGACUAUCUGUGCUAGCCAGCAACUCUAUCAAGUUAUCCAAGGAACUUGGUUUAGGAGAAGGAGCAGGAGAAGGAGAAGGAGAAGGAGAAGGAGAAGGAUCUGAAUAUAUCCCACUAGAUUAUGCUGACUCCGUAUACCUGGCUACACUAGGUGGAGCCCAGCUCCUGGAUAUGGAGGAGAACCUUGGAUCUCUAGAACCAGGAAAACUAGCAGAUUUUCUCCUGGUGGACAUGCAAGGGAAAAGAGAAACCACCCCCUUCGGUCACGAGAGUAUUCAAAAUUUUGUUCACAAAUUCGUCUUCCUUGGGGACGACAGGAACAUCGUCCUGGUGGUGGUGGACGGUAAAAUCGUCAAGGAUAUCAGGAACAUGCAGAAUAUUUAAAUCUAUCUACACUUGACGACAGACCCUCAACACAAGAUGAAAGUUUAGAUGAGAUAAGAGUAACGUUCUUUCUAUCUUAUAUCGCCUCCAUUUUUUCCUUUUACAUUUGGGAGUUAAAUGUUUUAUGUAUUAAUUUAUAAUUUUCUAUUCUUAAAGAGAUUGACCUAAUCUUUGAAGACUGCUUUGGUUGAUUUAAUCUCAAAGUAUACUGCAUGAAAACUGUUUGAUUAAUUUAAUCUCCAAGUUUACUGUCAGAAAACUGCUUGAAUGAUUUAAUCUUCAAUAAUACUGUCUAACAACUGCUUGAUUGAUUUAAUCUCCAAGAAUACUGCUUGACACCUGCUUUGAUUUAUUUAAUCUCCAAGUAUUCUGCAUAAAAAAAUGUUAAUCUAAUCUCCAAGUAUACUACAUGAAAACUUCUUGAUUGAAUUAAUCUCUAAGUAUACUGUCUGAAAACUGAUUGCUUGAUUUAAUCUCAAAGUAGAUUGCUUGAAGACGGCUUUGAUUGAUUUAAUCCCCAAGUUUACUGUCUGAAAACUGCUUGACUGAUUAAAUCUUCAAGUACACUCUCUGAAAAAAAACUGCUUGAUUGGUUUAAUCUCCAAAUAUGCUGUAUGACAACUGCUUAAUUGAUUUAACCUCCAUUUAUACAGUAUCAAAACUGCUUGAUUGAUUUUAUCUCAUAGUAUACUGCAUGAAAACUGCUUAAUUAAUUUAAUCUCCAAGUAUAAUGUAUCAAAACUGCUAAAUUGAUUUAAUCUCCAAGAAUACUGUAUUAAUUUAAUCUUCAAGAUUACUCUCAGAAAACUGCUUUGAUAAACUUAAUCAACAAAUAAACUACUUAAAGACUG